AUGUCGAUGACCAUUGAAGAAUGCAUGGCCGCUCGACCUGGUCGACCAGUACCCGACAUUCCAAGUAAUGUCAUGGAUCAAUUCAAUAUGAAGGGCAAGAUCUGUGUCAUCACGGGGCCCAGCCGGGGGAUUGGAUACGUGGUUGCAGAGGGACUCGCGGAAGCUGGUGCACAUAUCGUCAACGUAUUUUCUUCAGGAAACCCGGCUAUGAAUCAGAAGGCCGCGGCACUAGCCGAGCGGCGUGGAGUCAAGGUUGUGAAUCGUCGAUGCGACGUUGCCGAUGCCCAAAAGAUCAAAAGCCUGAUAUCUGAUAUCUGCACCGAAUUUGGCAGAAUCGAUGUUUUCGUCGCAAACGCUGGUAUCUGCAUCCCCAAACCCAUUCUGGAGCAAACUUUGGAAGAGUUCACGCCCAAGAUGAACGUCAAUGUGCACAGAGUAUUCUACUGCGCAAAAUUUGUUGGUGCUGUGUUCAAGGAGCAGGGCUACGGCAACCUCAUCAUCACGAGCAGCAUUAGUGGAGGGGUUGUCACGGUGCCGGUCGACCACAUUACAUACAACACAACGAAAGCAGCAGUCACGCAUCUCGGCAAGAGUCUGGCUUGCGAGUGGCGUGAAUUCUGUCGCGUAAAUACGAUUUCCCCAGGCUAUAUCGACACAGACAUGAGUUCAGAUCAAGCAGCCGUUAACGAAGCCACCGAAUGGCUGUGA